AUGAUUUCAUUUAAGAUAGAAUUCUUAAUAAGAUUAAAGUUUUGCCUUCUUUUCUCUUAAUUAACUUUAGUUAACGCAAUAGGAUGUCCUUUUUGGAUAGCAGGAUCUUCAAACUACUCUACAUAAAUAUAGACUAUGAUACUUUUGAAAUCUGAUCCUCAGCAAGAUUUUCAAGAUAUUGCUGCAAUCGUCUACUAUCCUUUCACUGUUGGAAUUUUUAAUUUCGCUAAAAAUGUUAAGUACACAACAAUUGAAUAGUCAGAAGAUGUUCAAUUCUACCAAAUUGAUAAAGAUGAUAGAUAAAACCUAUAAGUGUCUGUUAUUCAUACCCUAGAUGCUAAGGGAAGAAUUAUUGGAUGGAACUCAGGAAACGGAUCAAAAUAGAGUACUCUUUAAAUUCCUUCCUAAAUUUAAAUCAAUCCUAAAUCAUGUUUGAAUUCUGAAGAACUAAUAGUUGUGACAUGGGACACAUCAAACCUAUUUGUCAUCGAUUAUUCUUCUUCAGCCAUUUCUGAUUCAAAAAUAACGAUAAUUUAGUUGAAAAAAGCUUAAAUAACUCAGUGUGUGAGCGAUAAGGCAAACAGAAGAUUUUUGCUUGUUGAUUCUUAAGGUGGUUUUUUCGCAUUUGAUAUUAAUAGCUAACUUUUUUAAAAGCUAUUUUAAGUAGAAAAUUUUCUUAAUUUUUAGUCAAUUUACACGACUAAAAAUUAAAUUUCUAUAGCAUAUGCUUCAUAAAAUGGGUCUUUCUAUGUGUCUUCAUAUAAAAACUCAGUUCUACAGUUUUAAAAUACUUUUCCUUCUGUUUCAACAUAGGUAUUGGUUAGCUAAGAAGAAGACUUUGUCAUAUUAAUAGGAGAGUCUAAUUUAUUUUAGGUUUGGUCAAUGAAAUAAAAUAUCUUAGUAUAUUAAGCAGAUUUCUAAAAAAUUUAUUGCGAUCAAAGAGAUGCGAACUAAACUUCAGUAGAUUCUACUAUUGAUUUUACUUUUGGAUCUAUCAAUCAAAAAAACCAAAUAUCAGCUGUUUCUAAAAAAUACAUAUUUGUAUACUCUUUAGAAGAGAAAAGUCCUCUUUUAUUUAAAAAUUAAGCGCUUAAGUUAACAACAUUUAAAUGGAUGCAAGCUUUUGUAGUUGAGGAUUAAGUUGUGGUGUGUGAAGAAUAAUCUGUUUCUACUUUAGAUCUCAAGACAUCUAAAUUUAUUUAUUUCAUGGAUUACUUUGAUAAAGCUGAAUCAUCUUAUGAUGUAGCUGUAUAAAUUUAAAUUGACUCAGAUUUUAAUAGAAUAAUUAAAGUUGAUAAAGCAGGAAAUAUAUAGUAUUGGUCAUUGUUUGACAACUUAUUAGAAAAAUAAACAGGUUUUAUUAGCCAUAAUACUACCUUUUUUAUAGAUAAAUCAAUCAACAAACUCAUACAAUAUUAAACUUAUACGAUCCCAGGCUAUGCUUUGAUAUCAAUCUAUGAUUAUAUAUUCGGAAAAUUAAUAGAAAAUAUAAUAAAUCCUUUUGGAUAAAGCAAUCUUUAAGAUUUUGUACUUAUUUAAGACAAGCAAAAUAAGCUUAUCAUAGGAUUUGUUAAGCAAACAACAUAAUAUGCAAUAUACAAGCUUGAUAACAGUUUAGAUCACUCACUAAUAUUUAGUGGCGUACUUCAAAAUAAUGGUUUUAUCGAUGGUGAAAUCAUUUUGCUAGAAUAAAAAUAACAAAUAUUAGUAGGAAUUAAUGGAUAUCUAGCUUUUUUCAAUUACUAUUAUUCAAGUAUGAAUAGUAAUUAAUAAAUAAAUUUAUAAAAUAAUACUGAUUAGGUGAUAUCAUAUUUUUAUCUUAGCUAUGCAUAAACUCUAAUUUCUAUCAAACAAUAGAAUAUUUAGAUAUAUCAAUAUGACGGCAAUACCUUUAAUUUAAUCAACAACCUAAACUACAAUGUAGGAUAACCUUUACAGAUAUCUUUAGUAGAUGAAAAGCAAACACUUGUUUUAAAUAAAGGAAAUCAGCUUUGCUUUAUAAAUUAUCAGAAUUAUAAACAAGAAAUAUUUAAUCUAAAUGAUUAAUAUGUGUUAUUUUAUACAUUUGAUGGAGCUAAAGGCUUACUAAUAGCAGUAUUAAGCAAUUCAAAAAUUCUUGUUAUAGAUAUUAAUACUGCAAAUACUCUCAAUCAAAUAUAAAUAUACUCUAAUGAAAUACAAACAGUUGAUGUUUUUACAGGCAAAUAAUUAGUUAUAGUUGCAUAUAAUGAUGGAUAGGUCCUUUUAUAUAACUAUAUAAAUAAUAUUAUUCAAAGUGUAUUCAAUAAUGGGUAUCAUGCUGAUAUUAAAUAUUUAGACUCAAAAUAUAACACCCUUGUCCUUAAGUCAGAUACUUACAUGUUUACAAGAACAUUGACAGAUAAUUGCUUAAUUAAUUAAAUAGUAAGCCCAAAUAAAUUAAAUAGCUUUUUUAUAGAUGUAAAAAGUGGUUUGACUCUAAUGCUAUCAAACUAAAUACAGCUAUAUAAUUAAAUAAAAUAGGAAUAUAUUUCUAGCUCACCAACUAGCUUUGAUUUAACUAAUUCCUAUAUAAUAUAUUCCAUACCAUCAUAAAAUUAUUUGUUUGUUGGAUUUGCAAAUGUAACCUCCAACUAAGUUAUAGUGUAUGAGCUGGAUACAUAUAAACAGAUUGGUAUGUUGAACCAUAAUGUUUCUUAGUGUGUUACAAUAAAUAAAUUUUUCUAUGACGAAUAUUUAAAUAGACUUUUUAUAGGCUGCUUUUCACCUGGAACUAUUGUUGUUUGGGAUUUAUCCAGAAAUUUUUAAUUAAUUUAAGUAUUUGAUCAGAUAGAAUAUACUGAUAGAAUUACAGGUAUAGUUUUCAAUCCUUAAGCUUAACUUAUCAUGUUUCUUGGGUGGACUUGGUGGUCAAAAACUAUGGAUUAUUACACCUUAAAUUACAGGUGCUAGAUUGAAGGAUUAUUUGGGAAAUUUGACUAUACUAACAAACUACAAAUAUUAUGGGAUCACAAUGGAGAUGUUAGAAUUUUCGAUUAUAACUGUGUAAAUUUAGGUUAUAUAAGUGCUCAUUAGAAUUGGAUAUAUUAAAGUCUAAUCGAUGAAUAAAAUUUAAUUCUAACUACUGUAAGCAAAGACAGAUAUGUAAAAACUUGGAGUUAUAAGAGUUUGCCUUAUCCAAAUAAAAUGUAUGAGAUAUAGCUUUAAAAUCCACUGUAUGAUGGUUUUCUUGACAAAGAUAAUAAUUAUGUUUUUAUAUCAGAUUUUAAUGGCUAUAUUUAUGUAUUAACAUAUCCAUAAUUAGUCCUUAUUAAAUAAAUUCAAGUGACUAAUUCUUAAAUAAAUAAUCUUUAUCUUGACUCAAUGCACAACAUGUUAAUAUUUGGAUGUUUAGGUUCUAAUACAAUUGGCUAUUAUAAUCUUAUUUAAUUCAUGUAAUCAAAUGCUUACACUAUCUCUUAUACAUAAGUAGGUGUGAUGUCAACUCUUUAAACAUAGUAAGGAAUUAUAUUCUAUCAAGAAGGCAAUGUUGUUUAGCUUUGGGAUUAUAAGUCUAAGCAAUUACGAUAUGGAUUUUAUGUUACAGACUUAGAUAUAGAUGUCUAAAGUGAAUUCAUCCUCAUCGAAGGUUAAACUUCAAUUGCUGCUUUACUAACUCGUGAAUAAACAGUAUUUUUUGAUAUAAAUACUUUAUCAAUAAUUAACGUCUAAAAGCAAAAAUGUUUCAGACACACCUAAAUACAAGGAUAUUUGAUCUGUUCAUAUGUGAAUUACAUAACAAUUUUAGAUGUGAAUGAAUAUAUAGUAUUUUAAUAAAUUUCGAUUGAUAAAAACUCUUCUAUAAUAGAACUUAAAGCUAUUGUGCCACUUAAAAGUUUUUUUGUAACUACAACUUAAGGAUAUGUCAUUGGUUACAGUCUUAAUCUUUCAUCAUAAUAGUUAUAAUUCAACUAAAUAUUUAAUUUAUAACUCCUCAGUGAAGCUAUAGUAAAUAGCUUAUUUAUAGAAUAAUCUGAAAGCUAUAUUUUAAUAGCUUCGUCUUUGAAUGGGUAAAUAGCUUAAAUUGUAUUAUCUUAGGAACUUGUUAUUUUAAAAUAAUAAACACUUUUGCUCCCUGGAAUAAGCUCUCAUGCUCAUAUUCUAUAAUACACCAAUGGUUAUGUAUUUAUUAAAAGAAUACAUGAUUUUUCAUUAAGUUUAAUGAACCCUUAUGACUUAACUCUAAUAGUUUAAGUUACUAGUCCCUGCAUUGGUUAUUCUUAUAAACUUGAUAUAAACUUAGACCUUGUUUAUAUUAUCUAAAGUUGUCUAGGAAUUUAUCAAAUUAAUGAAUUUUCAACUUUCAAGUUAGUAUCUUAUGGAAGAUUUACAUCUACCCUUCUUUAAAAUCCUACAAAUCCCGUAUUUACCCCAAUUAGCAACAAAAUAAUUUUCAUCAAUAAAGAUUAUUUUUUUGAUGCUUACACUUAUCAAAUAUAGACCUAUAGAAUUAAUAGACUCAACUAAACAAUAACUUUGUUAGGUAUUUAUUCAUAAAACUUCUGGAUGUUUGGAAAAGUAGCAGAUUAUGAAAUAUUUGACACAAAUGAAAAUAUUUAUGCAUAACUUAUUUUAUACUCUGGAUUUUAAAUAGCUUAAAUAUAACUUCCUAUAUUUGGCUAGUCAAUCUGCUAAUAGGAGAUUACUUCAGACUAAUUUGCUUAGGAAAUUAAAAGUUAUUUAGUUUCUAAAUAAGCUCUAUCAAUAAUGUCUUCUUCUAACUCUUAAUAUGUUGCUCCUAUUUUUAUUUCUAAUUACUUUAACGUUUCUUUUUCAGAUAUGAGCUUAAUCUCUAAUAAUGGCGUAUCUUUACCAUUAAUAAAAAGUUACUUAAUUUAAAAUCUGUAGCUUAAUAGCACUCAAUUUAAAAAUAAUGAAAACUUGAUGUUCCUUUAAUAUAAAAAAAGCUUAAAUUUAGAAGAAAAUAUUUUUGAAACCAAUUAGUAAAUAAAUAAUGAUUACACCUAAAUUUAGAAUGUAACUUUAAGUAAUAAUACAUUUAAUGAUAUUUAGUAGUAUUGUGUGCUAGAAGUUAUAACCCAGACGUUGAAGAUCACUGAUUUUAACAUCAUCUAAAAUAGUGAUUUUACUAAUCAAAAUACUAUUGUCUCAAUAAAAACAAUUAGUGAUUUUAAUCUUGAUAAAUUUGUAGUUAGUUUGAACUAAGGGUUCUAUAAUCUGGCUGUUAUAUAAAAUUAAAAUUAAGGCGCUCUUCAAAAUACAGAAAUAACAAAUAACGAUGCAGUUUAGGCUUUAAUUAUUACUCAGUCAAUCCUCUAAAUUUUAAACUUAAAGCUCUUAAACAAUAAAUCAGGUGGAUUAAAUCAAUUGAAUUCAAUUGUCAAUAUUGAUUAAAAAUCAUUAGUUAAUAUAAAAAACUCAACUUUUAAAAAUAACUUAGCUAAUUAUGGUGGCUCGAUAUUUUCUUCAUAAAGUGAGCUAUAAAUUGAAGGGUCUUUUUUUGACAGCGAUUAAGGUUUAUAACAAGGAGGAUCAAUAUAUUCUACAUACUCUAAUUUAAAAAUAAAUGAUUCCUAGUUUUUAAAUUCUAAAUCAAAAAAUGGGGGAUGUAUUUAUUUUGAAAACGGAAGCUUGAUAUUAUUUAGAAUUGAUGCUCAAAAUAGCUAAUCUGGUGAGAGUGGAGGAUUUGCAUUUAUUAAUUAAGCUACCUAAUUUUAAAUUUCUAACUUCAGCUCAUAAUAUUGUAAAGCUUUUAGUGAUGGAGGAGUUCUAUAUAUAACUCAUUCUAAUGGAAAUAACUCUUAUAUUGUGAGCUCUAUUUUUUAAAAUAGCUAAGCUUUAGGGAGUGGAGGAGUUAUUUUACUUGAUGGUUCAGAUAUAAUAAUUUCUAAAUCAAAUUUCUUAAAUAACACAGCUGGAAUAGGAGGAGUUAUAAGAUAUUUUGAUUUAAAGCCUUAGUUUUUAAUUGGCAAAGGCAACUCUUAAAGAGAUUCUUGUAAAACAUUUAGUAAGAAUUAGUGCAAAUCUAAUAAAGCUAUUAUCUUUGGUGAUUAGAUUGCAAGUUAUCCUUAAUUUGCUUCUAUUUUACCAAGCAAAGAUUUCGAUGUGGAUAUUAAAAAUUACCCAAAUAUUACCUUUAACAAUUUUAGAAGUGGGUAAAGUAACUUUGAAUUGACUAUUUAAUUUUUGGAUGAAUUUAAAAAUUAAGUAAAACAAAUAGAUUUAUAAAAUCAAACUUUGGUUAGUUAAAUUAGUUAAGAGUUAUUUUAAGAAAUAAGUUCAUAUAAUUGUAGGAUAUAUAUUUAACAAAGUAGUACAUUUUUAUAAGAUCAAAUAGUAAAAAUAGAAGGUGCAACAUUAGUUGAUUAUGCUUAUUACUCAUCUAAAAAAAUAGGAUGCUUUAUGAAUAAUUUUAAAAUUACAGGAGUUCCAUCUAAAAGUGCUACUAUAUAGCUUUCACUCAAUGGAAUGAAGACUCUAAAUAGCACUAAUCAAUUUAUUAGUGUAGAUAAUAUAGAUAUUUCUAUAUAUUUUAGAAGUUGUUAAGUUGGUGAGUACUAUAAUUCAGUAUGCUAAGGCUGCUAACUGUAAGAGUGCAUUUAAUGUUUAAAUGGAACCUAUUCUCUCAUUUAUCCGUAAAUAGGAGAUGAAACUUAAUGUAAAAGUUGUGACAGUUAAAAAGCUAGUUUUUGUGAGCUAAACCAAAUUGCGUUAAGGGAAAAUUACUGGAGAUAAAGUAAUAAUUCUGAUGAUAUAUACUAAUGCGAUUAGGUGUCAAACGCUUGUAAUGGAGACUCAACAAAAGGGUACUGUUAAGAAGGAUACAUAGGGGCUUUAUGCUAGUCUUGUGAUGAUUAUGGGUAUGUAUGGGGAAGUGAAUAUGGAAAAGUUAGUGAAUUAGGUAAGAAAAGCAUUGAAUGCUCUUUAUGCUCUUCUAUUUAAAACAAUUCAUUUAAACAAGUAUUAAUACUCUUAGGAAUAUUACUCUAUCUGGUUUUUUUAAUUAUAGAAUCUUAAAACAGCAAUUGUAAAAUGUGUCAAAUUCGUAUUAUAUCCUCACUUAAUAUUCUCUAAAUGGGAGUAUCAUAGUUUAUACUUUAAUCUACAGUAAUAUCAAAGAUCUUUAUUAAUUAAUUUUAUGUAAUCUCGGCUUUGAAGUCUAGUAUUGGUUUUACAUUCCCUGGACUAUUCUAGAGCUUAUUUACCUUUCCUGAAACGACUUCAUAACCAAUAUUAAUGUUUUUAUAUUCAAUAGACUGCAGCUUGAGUUAGUUAAAUUUCGGCAUACCAAUCCAAUACUUGAGAUUUAUAUACAUCUCAAUCGUGCUUCCAUGCGUCUUUUUGCUACUAAUUUAUAUUAUUAUUAACCUAAUUUUUAUUGGAGUGUAAUAUUUUAUGCCAGAUCAAUAUUAUUAUACUUAAAAUAAAUAUAAUAAUGCUAACAUGGUAAUUAGUACUAUAAUUGUAUUCAGUUAUAUUGCUUCAUAGAAUAUUUACUAGGCUGCAUUAGAAAUUAUUAUUUGUGAAAAAUUUGGAGAUACUUACUACAUGAAAAGUUAGAUGGAUUAAGAAUGCUAUAAUACUGAGCAUAAAUUCUACAUAUUAUUUUUAAUAUUUCCUAUUUUAAUAGCAGUCAUAAUUAUCUAUCCAAUAAUUAUGUUAUAUGUAUUAUGUAGAAACAAUUCUAAAAUGUUUGAUAAUACUUCAACAAACGUUAUAAGAAGAUAUGGUUAUUUCUUCUAAGGCUUUAAAAGAAACAGAUGGUGGUGGGAGUUUAUCAAAACUUGGUAUAAGUUUAUAAUCUUAUUUUUGUCAACCUACUACAAUAGUUAACCUUAAAUUUAGUUGACUACAGUUAUAUUUGUAUAAACAAUCUACUUUGUUUCUUUAAUACUCUUUAAACCAUAUUAAGAUUUUUAAAUAAACAAGUUAGAAUAUAAAUCAGCCACUUAUGUUCUCUUAAUUUUUUGGGUUGCUUUAUUUGAGUAGUUAAAUGAUGAUAAAAUGUAUCUUAGUUUUAUUUUUUCAGUUACUUUGGUUCUAUUAUUUAUAAUGAUGUUUGGAUAAUUAGCAAUAAGUUUUAUUGGUGUAAUUUUUAGAAGAAAUUAUUAUUUCUUUUUAAAAAGUAAGUACUUUCUUAAGAUAUUUUAACAUAUAUCAAGCAAAUUAGUAAAUAACAAAUUAUGGGCUUAAAAGUACUUGUAUAAAAAUAAUUUUUUACUAUACAAUUUGCUUUUUAAUUAAGAAUAUGAUCCUUACAAAGUAUUUAAUAAUUGGUCAAAAUUAAGACGAACUAUUUAAAAAGGAAAUUUAGUCAAAAUCUAAAUUGAAAAUUUUUAGAAAUUAAUAGAUUCAAAUGCAGACAAACUUAAAUCACCAAAAUCGUCAUUCUCAAAUUAAUUUAAUAAUUCUUCAAAUUCUUAAAUUAAUCAAAACUUAUUAAUAUCUAAACAACUUUCAGAUAGGUAAAAUAGAUAGAGAUAAAGAUUUAAUAUCAACCAAAAUAAAAUGAAUACAAAAUCAAUUUUUGUCAAAAUCGAUUAAGAAAUAUAAAAUUGA